CCCAUUUUCCAAUUUGCGUAGCCGAGCGGCAGGCCCUUGGUGGAGGGAAGACAGGAAUUACUGGACAAAUAUUCCAGAAAAUCGACAAGCAUUGGGCAAUUUACUCCAUUUUACGAGCUCUGUAACACACAGCAGUAUAUCUUAUUACUUAUAAAAGCAUGGAAAAACAACUAUGAGGUGUUGCAGCUCAGCUGCAGUUGACUGACUGAAUCAUGGCUCAGUUUCCCACAGCCUUCGGAGGGAGUCUGGAUGCCUGGGCGAUCUCAGUGGAUGAGAGAUCCAAACAUGACCAGCAGUUCCACAGCCUCACCCCAACCCCUGCAGGAUACAUCACUGGCGACCAGGCAAGGAAUUUCUUCCUCCAGUCAGGUCUGCCUGCGCCCAUCCUCGCCCAAAUAUGGGCUCUGGCUGACAUGAACAGUGAUGGGAGGAUGGACAUGCAGGAGUUCUCCAUCGCCAUGAAGCUGAUCAAGCUGAAGCUGCAGGGUCACCCCCUGCCCCCCACCCUGCCCCCCUCCAUGAAGCAGCCCGCCCUGCCCCUGGCCCCGCCUCCACAGGCCCCCUUCGGGAUGCCACCUAUGGGGCCGAUGCCAGGCCUGCCAGCAGUGCCCCCUCUGCCCCUGCCCCCCCUCCCUGGUGUGGGCAUGUCUCCCCCUCUGGUCUCAUCCGGGCCCCCUCCUGGACCCCCCCUGGCCAAUGGGGCUCCUGCCAUGAUCCAGCCAAUCCCGGGCUUCUCCCACUCAGGCCUCGGUAAGAGCUCGUCGUUCGGACGCUCCAGUGCCAAGCUGCAGAAGGGACAGUCCUUUGAGACAGCCAGUGUUCCUGUGGCCCCCCCUCUUACAGACUGGGCCGUUCCUUCGUCCUCCAGACUAAAGUACCGACAGCUCUUCAACAGCCACGACAAGAUGAUGUGUGGACACCUCACCGGUCCUCAGGCCAGGACUAUCCUGAUGCAGUCCAGCCUUCCCCAGACCCAGCUGGCCUCCAUCUGGAACCUGUCUGACAUCGACCAGGACGGGAAGCUGACGGCGGAGGAGUUUAUUCUGGCGAUGCACCUGAUAGACAUGGCCAUGUCUGGUCUGCCCCUGCCCCCCAUUCUACCCCCGGACUACAUACCCCCCACCUUCAGGCGUGUGCGUAGCGGCAGCGGCGUGUCCCUGAGCAGCCUGCAGUCGGAGCAGCGAGGCGUCCAGGAGGAGGUGGAGGAGGUGGAGGAGCAAACCGCCGACAAGAAGCUGCCAGUGACGUUUGAGGACAAGAAGAGGGAGAACUUCGAGCGCGGGAACCUGGAACUGGAGAAGCGGAGGCAGGCCCUGCUGGAGCUGCAGCGGAAGGAGCAGGAGCGCCUGGCGGCGCUGGAGCGCGAGGAGGAGGAGCGCAGGGAGCGCGAGCGGCUGGAGCACGAGCGGCGGCGGCAGCAGGAGCUGGAGAGGCAGCUGGAGAGGCAGAGGGAGGCGGAGAGGCAGCGGGAGGAGGAGCGGCGCCGGGAGAUCGAGAGGAGGGAGGCGGCGAAGCGCGAGAUGGAGCGUCAGCGGCAGCUGGAGUGGGAGAGGAGCCGGCGGCAGGAGCUGCUCACCCAGAGGAACCGAGAGCAGGAGAACAUUGUCCUGCUCAAGGCUCGCAAGAAGACCCUCGAGUUCGAGCUGGAGGCCCUGAGUGACAAGCGGAGCCAGCUGGAGGGGAAGCUCCAGGACGUCAGGUUCCGUCUGUCGGCUCAGAGGCAGGAGAUCGAGAACACCAACAAGACGAGGGAGGUCCGCAUCGCCGAGAUCACACACCUUCAGCAGCAGCUACAGGACUCUCAGCAGUGGCUGGGCCGGCUGAUCCCGGAUAAACAGUGUCUGAACGACCAGCUGAAACAAGUCCAGCAGAACAGCCUGCACCGAGACUCCCUGUCCUCUCUCCAGAGGGCGGUGGAGGUGAAGGAGGGCAGCCGGCAGCAGCUGAAGGAACAGCUGGACUCAGUGGAGAGAGAGACUCGCUCUAAACUCCUGGAGAUAGACGCCUUCAACACACAGCUCAAGUCGCUGGCAGGCUUCUAUGGGGCCCAUGCUGACAGGAUAGAGGCCCUGCACCAGCAGCUGCAGCAGGAGGAGUGGGAGGAGUCACUGGAGGCUGUUCUGCUGGACUGUGUCUCUGGCCUGCUGGCCGUUCUGCAGCGUUCACACUCCCUCCUGCAGGAGCUGCGGGAGAUCCACAGCAGGCAGCAGCGCCAGAAGCACCGCGAGCUGGAAGGAGACACACACUCGCUCACACACACACACCCCGCUCCUGAGAGGAUUUCUGCCGAGCUGCAGGAGGGCAGGCUGUCGCGUGCUGAAGAGGGUCUGUCGUGGCGAGAUGAAGCCCCCCCAGCCCCCAGCCCCUGCCAGGGUGGCCCUCCAGCGCCCAGUCCCCCCCCAGACCCCCAGGCCUGGCUGAAGAGGGUGAGUGAGGAGGAGGAGGGGCGAGGCCAGGUGUUCCUCCAGCAGACUGACCCCCCCGGGAAACAGCUGUCUCACACACACAGCCCCUGGCCCACGGCAGAGAAGGUUCCAGUGUGUGGCUUCAACCAGGACCAGGUGAAGGUGGUGUUCUACCGGGCUCUCUACCCCUUUGAUGCCCGUAGUCAUGACGAAAUCACCAUCACCCCCGGAGACAUUGUUAUGGUGAAAGGGGAGUGGGUGGAUGAGUCCCAGAGGGGGGAGCCGGGCUGGCUUGGGGGGGAGCUGGGCGGCAGGACAGGCUGGUUUCCCGCCAACUACGCUGAGAAGAUCCCCGACAGCGAGGUACCCAUGAGCCUCCGCUCCUCUGCCGCCGCCACGCCCAAUCUGGCCUCCCGCCUCCCACCGUCGGCCACACCCACACCGCCCAGCCAGCCGAUGGCAACCCCUCCUCCAGUUACUGCUCCCGCACCAGCCCCUGGCCCCGGUCCUGGCCCCGGUCCUGGCCCCGGCCCUGGCCCCGGCCCUGGCACUGCCCCCGGCCCUGGCCCCGGCCCUGGCACUGCCCCCGGCCCUGGCCCCGGCCCUGGCCCCGGCCCUGGCCCCGGCCCUGGCCCCGGCUCCUCCUCCUCUUCAGCCUCCAGUAACUGGGCUGACUUCAGCACAACGUGGCCGUCAAGCGCGGGUCAGAAUGAGGAGGGCUGGGACGCCUGGCCCACGCAGCCCUCGCUGUCCGUGCCCAGCGCCGGGGGAGGAGCCUUACGACAGCGCUCCGCCUUCACCCCCGCCACCCUGACUGGAUCCUCCCCCUCGCCAGUACUGGGACAGGGCGAGAAGGUGGAGGGCCUGCAGGCCCAGGCGCUGUACCCCUGGAGAGCCAAGAAGGACAACCACCUGAACUUCAACAAGGCGGAGGUGAUCACCGUGCUGGAGCAGCAGGACAUGUGGUGGUUCGGGGAGGUGGGCGGGGGCCAGAGGGGGUGGUUCCCCAAGUCCUACGUCAAGCUCAUCUCCGGACCGCCCCGACACUCCAUCAGUGUGGAGUCUGGAGCCUCAGACAGCCCCCCCACUAUGAAGAGACCCUCCCCCUCGCCGACCAGGCUCUCUGACCAGGGAGAAGAGUACCUAGCCAUGUACACCUAUGAGAGCAGUGAGCAGGGGGACCUGUCCUUCCAGCAGGGUGACGUCAUCACCGUCACCAAGAAGGAAGGCGAUUGGUGGACGGGCGUGGUCGGGGGCCGGACUGGGGUCUUCCCCUCCAACUACGUCAAACCCAAGGACUCAGACGGCCUUGGACUGGCAGGGAAGACAGGUUCCCUGGGAAAGAAGCCAGAGAUAGCCCAGGUCCUGGCUCCAUACACAGCCACGGGGGCGGAGCAGCUCACCCUGGCUCCUGGUCAGCUGAUCCUCAUCAGGAAGAAGAACCCAGGGGGCUGGUGGGAGGGGGAGCUGCAGGCCCGGGGAAAGAAGCGUCAGAUUGGCUGGUUUCCGGCCAACUACGUGAAGCUCCUGAGUCCCAGUACCAGUAAAACCACGCCCACAGAGCCAACCCCACCCAAGCUGCCCACACCCAGCGCAGCAGUGUGCCAGGUGAUAGGCAUGUAUGACUACCAGGCCCAGAACGAUGACGAGCUGGCGUUUGGGAAAGGCAGCAUCAUCAACGUGCUGAGCAGGGAGGAUCCUGAUUGGUGGAAAGGAGAGCUGAACGGUGCGGUGGGGCUCUUCCCUUCCAACUACGUCAAACUGACCACCGACACGGAUCCCAGCCAGCAAUGGUGUGCUGACCUGCACCUGCUCGACAUGCUGAGUCCCCAGGAGAGGAAGAGGCAGGGCUACACUCACGAGCUCAUCCUCACUGAGGAGAACUACGUCAACGACCUGCAGCUGGUCACGGAGGUUUUCCAGAAGCCUCUGCUGGAGUCGGAGGUGCUGACAGAGAAGGAGGUGGGCAUGAUAUUCGUCAACUGGAAGGAGCUCAUCAUGUGCAACAUCAAACUGCUCAAGGCCCUGAGAGUCAGGAAGAAGAUGUCCGGGGAGCGUAUGCCGGUGAAGAUGAUCGGGGACAUCUUGACGUCCCAGCUCCCCCACAUGCAGCCCUACAUCCGCUUCUGCUCCUGCCAGCUGAACGGAGCCACGCUCAUCCAGCAGAAGACCGACGAGGUGCCCGACUUCAAGGACUUUGUCAAGAGGCUGGCCAUGGACCCUCGCUGUAAAGGCAUGCCUCUCUCCAGCUUCCUGCUCAAGCCCAUGCAGAGGGUCACACGCUACCCACUCAUCAUCAAGAACAUCCUGGAGAACACUCCGGAGGCCCACCCAGACCACAGCCACCUGAAGGCAGCUCUGGAGAAGGCCGAGGAGCUGUGCUCCCAGGUCAACGAGGGGGUCAGGGAGAAGGAGAACUCUGAUAGGCUGGAGUGGAUCCAGGCUCAUGUCCAGUGCGAGGGGCUGUCUGAGCAACUGGUGUUCAACUCGGUCACCAACUGCCUCGGCCCCAGGAAGUUCCUCCACAGCGGGCGCCUCUACAAGGCCAAGAGCAACAAGGAGCUGUACGGCUUCCUGUUCAACGACUUCCUGCUGCUCACACAGGUCACCAAGCCCCUGGGAGCCUCCAACUCUGACAAGGUGUUCAGCACCAAGUCUCACCUGCUCUACCGCAUGUACAAGACCCAGCCCAUCUUCCUGAACGAGGUUCUAGUGAAGCUGCCCACCGACCCCUCAGGGGACGAGCCCAUCUUCCACAUCUCACACAUCGACCGCGUCUACACCAUCCGCGCCGAGAGCAUCAACGAGAGGACGGCCUGGGUGCAGAAGAUCAAGGCAGCGUCAGAACUCUUCAUCGAGACGGAAAAGAAGAAGAGAGAGAAGGCGUACCUGGUGAGGUCUCAGAGAGCUACAGGCAUCGGCAGACUGAUGGUCAACAUCGUGGAGGGCAUCGAGCUGAAACCCUGCCGUUCCCACGGUAAGAGUAACCCAUACUGUGAGGUGACCAUGGGCUCCCAGUGCCACAUCACCAAGACCCUGCAGGACACUCUGAACCCCAAGUGGAACUCCAACUGUCAGUUCUUCAUCAAAGACCUGGAGCAAGACGUCCUCUGUGUCACUGUGUUCGAGAGGGACCAGUUCUCACCUGACGACUUCCUGGGCAGGACAGAGAUCCGGUUGGCUGACAUCAAGAAGGACCAGGGCUCUAAAGGACCAAUCACCAAGCGGCUGCUACUGCACGAGGUCCCGACCGGAGAGAUUGUCGUACGACUCGACCUGCAGCUGUUCGAGGAGCCAUAAAUGCCGCUCUUCGCCUCCCCCAGACUCUGCCCCCAGACUCCGCCCCCAGACUCCGCCCCCUAGCCCCUCACCCCAGCAGGCCCCGUCCUGCUGUAAUAUUACUGUAGUGAUACUGUCAUCCUGCUGCCCCCAUGGGCCCCACCCACUGCUCCUCAGUGUGUGUGUGUGCGUGCGAGUGUGAAAAUGUGUGUGUAUGUCUUACUAGGCAUUGUAUAGUUCUUUGAUGUAUUUUAAUCGGAUGAGGAGGAUGAUGAGGAUGAAGAGUGUGUGAUAUCAGGAGACCUAGAGAGUCAGAUAUUUCUCAGCAUCAGACCAGGACUGUAGGCGGUGUGGGCCUGACUAACUGCGCGCGCGUGCGUGUGUGUACAGUUGAAGUACUUUGGAUGUGACUACUGUAGUUAAUUUAUUUACGUUAGUUAGCCAACGGUAAGGGUGGAAUAGAUUACUGUGUCUCACCAGCUGCGUGUGUGAGUGUGUGUGUGUGACAGAGAGAAAGAUUGAGAGGGUGAGAGAAGCUGUUAAGUGAAUUGCUUUCCGGAUUCCUGAAUGGAGGACAAGGAGAUGAUGAUAAUGAAGACUAGUCCCCCCUGCCAUCCCGGUAGCCCUCACCCAGACCCCUAACCCCCCCCCCACCACCACCACCACCACCACGUCUGUGAAUAUUGUUCAAAUAUUAAUAUAUGACAUCAGCUCCGUAGAAGAACCAUGUUGAUGACAGCAUAUUGUCAUCAAUGUAUCAGAAAUGUAUUGUCUUAAGUGUUGAAAAUAAAAUUCAAUUGGACCAAG